AUUAUUGCUAUCACCAUGUUCAUCCCAUCCUUGUUCACCACCAAAUCAACGCAGCCAUGCUGCCGAGAACGGACUCGCAAGCGCGGCCUUCUCUUCUUCCGCAAGUCACCGCCAUCUCCAUGCGUGUCCAUGACCACAGAAGCCAUCGACAAGAGCGUGGCCAAGUGCGCUACGAUCGUGGGAGGGCGUUGCGUGCCUUUCGAGUCCCACGACGUUGUGCGGCUCAAACGACUUCGCAAGCUGUGGCAAACGCUAAGUCCAGUCGACGAGUCGUGCUGCAGUCGUAGCCAUCAAGUUAGACGUGGUGUGCCAACCACCUUGGAGCUAUGUGAAGACUGCCAGGGACACCAGUUUACCAAGUCGGCGCCCGACGUCACAGUACUUGUCACAGACGUUGCAUUAACAUACUAUAAGCCCCCGACCGCACAGUGGAUAGCAUGAAUUUAAUGAACUCUUCCGUAGAAUCAAUGUAUGACUGAC